GAAGGAGGAAGAGGAAGAGGAGGAGGAGGAGAAAGAAGAAGAAAUCAGGGGCCUCCGAGAAAAAAUGCAAGCUGCCAAACGUCAGAUGAAGCACUUCUUGGCUUCUGCGAGAGCGUGCACGGUCCAGCCGGCCUGCCGGUUCUUUCAGGACAUCCUGCACAGCAAGUACCGGGCUGCCACGGAUGUCUACGCCCUCAUGUUCCUGGCCGAUGUGGUAGACUUCAUCAUCGUCAUCUUCGGCUUCUGGGCCUUCGGAAAGCACUCGGCUGCAGCCGACAUCACGUCCUCGCUCUCCGAAGACCAGGUGCCCCAGGCGUUGGUGAUGCUUCUGAUCCAGUUCUCCACCAUGAUCAUCGACCGGGCUCUCUACCUGCGCAAGAGCGUCCUGGGCAAACUCAUCUUCCAGGUCAUCUUGGUUGGCAUCCACAUCUGGAUGUUCUUCAUUCUCCCCGCCGUCACCGAGAGGAAGUUCAGCCAGAAUGCGGUGGCCCAGCUGUGGUACUUCGUCAAGUGCAUCUACUUCGGCCUCUCCGCCUACCAGAUUCGCUGCGGUUACCCUACCCGCAUCUUGGGGAAUUUCCUCACCAAGAAAUACAACUACCUGAACCUCUUCCUCUUCCAAGGGUUUCGCGCUGGUGCCUUCUUGGUGGAGUUGCGAGCUGUCAUGGACUGGGUCUGGACGGACACCACCCUGUCCCUCUCCAACUGGAUGUGUGUGGAAGAAAUCUACGCCAACAUCUUCAUCAUCAAGUGCAGUCGUGAGACGGAGAAGAAAUACCCACAACCCAAGGGUCAGAAAAAGAAGAAGAUUGUCAAAUACGGCAUGGGAGGCAUCAUAUCUUUCAUCUGCAUCAUCUGGUUCCCGCUGCUAUUCAUGUCCCUCGUCCGCUCGGUGGUGGGUGUGGUCAACCACCCCAUCGAUGUCACUGUUACCCUCAAGUUGGGGGGCUACGAGCCCCUCUUCACCAUGAGUGCCCAGCAACAGUCCAUCCAGCCUUUCACCCCCCAGAACUACGAGCAGUGGGAUCUCAGCAAAGGAGGGAAAACGGAAUACACCAGCCAGAAGCACACGAUGGACCUCAACCAGAAGAGUCUCGUGCGGCAAAAUUUGGCUGCCAUGCAGGGCACCCAUCAUGCCCCUGUCUGGGACUGCCAGGAGGAGUGCCAUAUCCUGCCCAUGGUCAUCUUCAGCGACAAAGUCAGCCCCCCCAGCCUGGGCUUCCUGGCGGGAUACGGGAUCAUGGGCCUCUACGUCUCCAUCGUGCUGGUGAUCGGGAAGUUCGUGCGAGGCUUCUUCAGCGAGAUCUCCCACUCCAUCAUGUUUGAGGAGUUGCCCUGCGUGGACCGUAUCCUGACCCUCUGCAGCCACAUCUUCCUGGUUCGGGAGACGGGAGAGCUGGAGCUGGAGGAGGAGCUUUAUGCCAAGCUCAUCUUCCUCUACCGCUCGCCAGAGACCAUGAUCAAGUGGACGCGGGAGAAGGACUGAGGAGGGAGGGAGCCCCCUUCACCCCCAAACAGGAGACCCGCAGAGCCCAGCGCUGGAACCGGGCUGUCAAGCCACCAGACUCCAGUCCUGGACACAACUCCUCCUACCCCCCGCCUCUUCUGCUGGAGGCUCUGGG